AUGCUUAUGCUCGGGGAAUGUGAGAAGCUACUCGGCGAUGGUCUUCUCCGCUUACCCAAAAAACACAACUACCGUUAUGGCCCCGCCGCCGAAGCGGACUUGCUAGAGCUCCUCUUCCGAUCGCUCGUCGGACACAACAACGAUCUCGUGCGACACUUGUUUCCAGAAGGCACUCCGAGAGGACCAUGGAAGCUGGCCGAGGCCCAGGGCGCCCGGGAGGGAGCUGAAUACAGCGAGGCCGCACGGGGCAAGCGCUGCGGCCAUAUUUUCCGUGCCGGAGAAGCCACAUACCGAUGCGUUACGUGUGCUGCGGACGAAACGUGCGUGCUGUGCAGUAGGUGCUUCGAUUCAUCAGACCAUACCGGACACCAAUAUCAGAUUUCGCUUUCUUCUGGGAAUUGUGGCUGCUGUGAUUGUGGAGACGACGAGGCCUGGCGGUUGCCGCUCUUCUGCGCAAUUCACACCGACAGUGGCAAUGCCAAGGGCAAGGAACGGGCGCAGCGGGAACUGCCGUCUGAACUCGUCGCCUCGAUCCGCUUGACCAUCUCUCGUGUGCUGGACUACUUUUGUGAUGUCAUAUCUUGCUCCCCGGAGCAACUGCGGUUGCCGAAGACUGCCGAAGGUAUCAGGCAAGAUGAAGAGGCCUCUCGACUACGUCCCAGCUGGUACGGCGCCGGCGAUGAAGAGGAAGAACAUCCCGAGUUUGCCGUCAUGCUGUGGAAUGACGAGAAGCAUACUAUUCGUGAUGUAUCACACCAGGUCACGCGUGCUUGUCGUGAACGAGAUAGUUUCGGCGUUGCCCGGGCCCAUGAGACCAAUGACAUUGGCCGCAGUGUGAUCAAGUAUUCGAAAGAUCUGAACAGACUGCUGGCUGUUUCUAAGAUCAUCGAGGAGAUCAAAGUCACUGUCACGGUGCGGUCUGCUCGCGAUACUUUCCGCGAACAAAUGUGCGCGACAAUAGUCGAGUGGUUGACAGAUAUUGCUGGCUGUGAGAUUCUCGAAGACAAUGAGAUUUUCAGACAGAUCAUCUGCGAAGAGAUGCUCAAUCCUUGGAAAAAGGGCAGCGACGGCUACAACGAGGAUAUCGGUAUGAAGGGCAUUGAUGAUCAUCAGAAGACGGAGAACAUCCCGCCGCGCAUGGUCAUGAUCAACUUGCCUAACCAUGGCCCAGUGGUACUGACCACCGAUGAUGACGACGACGAUGAUGAUGACAUUCUUGAAAACGAUAUCAUUGACGAGGACGGAGACGAAGACGAGGACUAUGUUGAGGCUCACGAUGCCGACGACGAGGAUGACUACGAAAUGGACCUCGAACUGUCCCGUGAUCAGGAUCAGGAUCAGGAUGAGGACGAUGCGAUGGAUCUGGCCGGGGCAGAUGAUGAGCUUGCUCUGGCAGAGCGUAUUCUUGCCGGACUGACUGGCACACAGCCGCCUUCUCCUCGUCCCGUACAGGUUCAGCCCGCAGAUCGGUCCUCCGCUGACCGAAAUACGGCAUCUCAGAGUCCAGCCCCUGAACCCGGUCCUGCUGGCUACAUUCCCAUUCCCAAGACACCUGGAAUGAAUAGGCAGAGGCCAUCGCACACAGAAAGCCACUGGCGCGUCCGCCCGCCUAUUCCAGCUCCAGGUGAUAACGUACCUCCGUACGAAGACCUGUGGCAGCGUACUCGCCUUGACUGGAUGGUUCUCUAUGAUUUAAGAUUGUGGAAGAAAACACGAACCGACCUACGUGAUCUAUACAUCAGCACAGUUGUCAAUGUUCCCCAGUUCAAGCGCAUUAUGGGCCUGCGCUUGUCUGCGUUGUACACGGCUCUGGCCCAACUGUACCUCAUCGCGGAUCGAGAGCCAGACCACUCAAUUGUCAACCUUUCGUUACAACUUCUCACAACUCCUUCAAUCACAGAAGAGAUUGUCCUGCGAGGCAACUUCCUCACCAAAGUGAUGUCCAUUCUUUACACCUUCUUGACGACGAGACAAGUUGGUGAACCUCAAUCGGUCGAUCCCAACGCCACACUGGCAUUCGAUGCCGGUUCCGUCACAAACAGACGUCUCUACCACUUCUUCCUUGACCUUCGAUACCUUCUUCAAUCUGAGUAUGUGCAGCACCGUGUACGGACUGAAGAGCAGUAUCUUCCUCAAUUCCUGGAUCUCGUCAAAUUGUCACAGGGCAUAUGCCCCAACGUGCGCGCGGUUGGUGAGCACGUUGAAUAUGAAACGGACGCAUGGAUCAGUGCCUCAAUUCUCAUGAGAGAGAUUAACCGACUUUGCCGCCAAUUCUGCGAGGCUUUCCGCAAUCCGCAGAUUGACAACGGCCAAAAUCUCUUGAGGGCCAUCGAGACCACCACUACUACUGCGAUUAUACAUUCGGCUGGCGUAGAGCGCAAGCGGUUCGACCAGGCUGAAAUCAAGGACGAAUUGAAGUUCAAAACGCUAUCACCUUUUGAUUUCGAAGUCGGCUCCUCUGGCCAGGUUCCUUGUCACCGUGUCGUCGAGUUUAUAGUCGAACGUGGAUCCAUUAGUUUCCAUCAUGCCCUUCACUACACACUGUCAUGGCUCGUCGAAUGCGGACGAGACAUAAGCAGUGAAGUCAUGCGCGAGGUUUUCCUUGAAGCUGCCAACGCGGCAAGGAAUCAAAUCCACGCCAUGAAGGCCGCUAAACCCCACAGUAUUGAUGACGGUUUGCUCUCCCUUGGGCCAGAGGAUCUGCUUCUGGCCAUGUUCGACUACCCGCUUCGAGUCUGCGCUUGGCUAGCGCAAAUGAAGGCUGGCAUGUGGGUUCGCAAUGGCCUCAGUUUGCGGCAUCAAAUGUCCCAGUACCGCGGUGUUUCUUCUCGUGACUUCGCCUACUACAGAGACAUCUUCCUUCUCCAGACUGCCAUGGUGACUUGCGAUCCGAGCAGAGUCCUUGCUUCCAUUGCACACCGAUUCGGUAUGGUUGAAUGGAUGGCUCGGAAUUACAUGCCCCGCCCUGGCUACGAAGAUUCGCAGAUUGUAGAUGUGGCGGAUGAAUUCGUUCAUCUACUGGUGAUUUUGUUGACAGACCGAACUUCGUUGACUGAGAUCGAUGAUAGCACUCACCUCACUCACGAGAACAUCAAGCGUGACAUUGCUCAUGUCUUGUGCUUCAAGCCCCUUUCUUUCUCUGACUUGUCAACCCGGCUUAGCGACAAGCUUCUCGACUCGGACAUGUUCCAAGAUGUGUUGGAAGAAGUCGCUAAUUUCCGCCCACCCGAGGGCCUGAGUGACUCGGGUACUUUCGAAUUGAAGCCCGAGUAUAUCGGCCUCAUUGAUCCAUACAGCGCGCACUAUACAAAGAAUCAAAGAGACGAAGCUGAGAAUAUAUACAAAGAGUGGAUGGCGAAGAAGACUGGCAAGGAUGCUUCGGAUAUUGUCUAUGAGCCAAAACUCCGGCCCAUCAGCUUUGGUGUGUUCUCCAAUCUUCCCCGAUUUGCUGGAACGAUGCUCUUUGCCCAGAUUGUGCACCAAUGUCUGGAAUAUGUCAUCUCAUCGAAAGAGUGUACACCCACUAUCCCGCCGACACGCGUGGAGACUUUCCUUCAAGUGGUUCUGCAUCUUAUACUCGCAGCAGUGUUAGAAGAUGAUUCUGAGGAGACCGAUAUGGUGGAAGACCACUCCAACUCAUUCAACUGGAAUGCCCUGUCAAAGACUCGGGAGAUUAAGGCAGGCCGUCUGACCAUUGUCGGCUUGUUAGAGAGGAUAUCCAUCACUCCAGAGUUCACCGCAUCUGGCCCUAAAAUUCGUCACAUACUUAAGCGUCUCUGGCAAAAGCGCCCUCGCACCUACUCAUCAGCAACUGCAUCCCUCAAAUUCCCAUUCGACCGUAUUGACACCAAUUCCCCUGCCAUUGACACCGACAAUGAUAAGGAGGUCAAGAAGAAGCAGGCAUUGGAGAGGCAAGCCAAAGUGAUGGCUCAGUUCCAGCAGCAACAGCAGCAAUUCUUGAGUAGCCAGGGUAACAUUGACUGGGGCGAAGAAGAUUUCAGCGAUCUCGACUCCGACACAGACUUUUCCCCAGAAAGGAAGCUAUGGAAGUACCCGAGUGGUACCUGCAUCUUGUGUCAGGAAGAGACGAAUGAUGCGAGACUCUAUGGUACUUUCGCCUUGGUUCAAGAUAGCACAAUUUUGCGGCAGACGGAUAUCCGGGAUCCUGAUAGAAUUCGUGAGGUGCUCAAGACGCCCUCGAGUUUAGACAGAUCUGCCGAAGGUAUUCGACCGUUCGGUGUGUCUGGGGAGAACCAUACUACGAUCAAGCGCCUUGACUCUUCCGGCGGUGAAGUCAUCAGCGAAAAGGUUGGACUGAGUAAAGGAUUCAAUGCGAAGAGCACAGUCAAUGGACCUGUGACUACUGGCUGUGGGCACAUCAUGCAUUACUCCUGUUUUGAGCAGUACUAUGGGGCAACGCAGCGGCGGCACACCCAGCAAAUUGCACGCAACCAUCCUGAGAACACCAACCUCAAGGAAUUCGUGUGUCCUCUCUGCAAAGCGCUUGGAAAUGCAUUCCUUCCAAUUGCUUGGAAGGGCAAGGAGGAGUCUCCACUGGUUCCGCUUAGUCCCUCCGGAUCCUUCGACCAAUGGCUUCAAACGGGUCUCAAGCAUGCCCUGCACCAACAGCAAAACUUCCCAGUUCUCAUGGAGAAAGACAAAGCGUAUCCAGAGGCAUACAGCGACCUCUUCAUUGAUUACCUGUCCAAGACCUUGGUUCUUCCUUUAGCUGCCAACAUCGAUCAGUUGAUGGCCUCAGUUUUCCCGGCGACUGCAGCUGCACAACACAUUCCGUCGACGCGCAUGCCCAUGCCUGGUGUGUUCCCUCCUACCGAAGAUCUCGCGCCUUCCAGCCCACUGCAACAGGUGUCAAGCCUUCCGGACAGCCCUAUGUCGGAAUUGCUUCAGAUCUACUUGCGACUUAAGCAAACCAUUGAGAUGAACGAUCUCAGCUCUGCAUUCAACGCCACAUAUGUAGGGAGUAACAGUGAUGACCUCGCACAUUCUGAUUCUCUGAUUCGCAGCUUUGGCUUCAGCAUUGCUGCGGUGGAAAUUGCGCAGCGUGGCGUCGAGGCGCAGCCUGGCUCGACCUUGCUCGACACAAUCCCUCCCUUGACGCUCACGCAUCUGCGCGUUCUCUCAGAGACCGCGUUGACGUACGCUGCAAUUGGGUCCCUUCAAUCGACGGCGCCAGGGAAGCAUCAUCCAUCGAAUGAGUUCCAAAGGAUGCAUCGUCAAAAGAUUUGCCAGCUCCUUGUCGGGCACCCUUGCUUGAGUGGUACACCUUUGCUCGACGAUGUUCGCAACAUAGAGCCUCUGCUUGCGGUGGAUCCAUUCGUGUUCCUUGCAGAAGCCUCGUUGUCUCUGCAGCCGGUUCUCCGUAUUGAUAUCCGCCACCUCGUGCGGAUGUGCUUUGUGGCUGAGAUUGUUAAGGUCGCCGUGACUUUCAUUCUUUGGCCCCUUGGCUUAAAGGAAGAACUUGCUAACCAUCCGGAUGACCACGCUGUGGCUAAUGAUAUAUCCGAAGAGCAAUACACUGUAUGCAAGCAGUUUUUCGACUCGAUCGUCGCUGAGCUUAAGGCAAAUUCUGUCGGGCGUGCUGAGGGUUCCUCUUUCCCCGCCGAGAGUGGCUACGUCAAAGAUGGAGAGGAGACUGCCACACCGAGUAUCAUCACUGCCUUCCGACGGCUCGUCACUAGCUAUAGUUUGGCCUUCCUGCGCAAGACGGUCAUCCUUCUUCACGUUCAGCAUGGCGUUGAAUUCCCGAACACCGGACUCGCCGAUAUGGAGGCCUCUGAGCUUGAGCGUCUGUCCAGGGCACUUCAUUUGCCUUCCAUCGAUGAGAUCCUGAUGUCUGUCAAACCCGCACGCAAUACAAACAGCCCCUUCGACGCCGUCAUCUCAGGGUGGAUCUUCCACUGGAAUGCCUCGCGUUCAGGUAUUCGGUUUGAAGACCACCGACUCUGGCCAAGUCUGUCACACCCCGCUAUUUUCGAGCUUGUCGGCCUUCCUAGAUACUUCGAUAGCCUGAUUGAAGAGGCAAACCGUCGCCGCUGUCCCAGAACAAAGAAAGAGCUCACCGAUCCCAGCAUCUGUCUAUUCUGUGGAGAGAUCUUCUGCUCACAGGCAGUCUGCUGCAUGGUUAACAAGCUCGGUGGCUGCAACCAGCACCUUCAAAAAUGCGGUAAAAAUAUAGGUCUUUUCAUUAACAUUCGCAAGUGCACGGUUCUUUACCUGCACAACACGAACGGAUCCUGGCAUUACGCCCCCUACCUCGACCGUCAUGGCGAAGUUGACCCAGGUCUCCGCCGUAACCGCCAGCUCAUCCUCAAUCAGAAGCGAUACGACCGGCUUCUCCGCGAUGUCUGGCUGUCGCACUCGAUCCCUGCGACUAUCAGCCGCAAACUGGAGUCGGAGAUCAACAACGGUGGCUGGGAGACCAUCUAA